UCAAAUCAUAUCAAUGUUGAAGCUCACAGAUAUUAUUUUAUCUUAUUCAUUUUCACUGAGUUUGUUUUGACCAUUGGUAAAUAUUGAUUCAUGUAGGUAUGUCUAAGAGACCUCUAUCCACUUUUUGAUAGGGUAACCAAUCCAAAGUGAUCAUGCCAUAUAGCACCCAGCUAAUUGGCUUAUGACCUUUACAGUGACUGCUUAUAGCAGUGAGUAGGUCUAUAGUAUAGCUAUGAUUCCUGGGAAAAAAAGAGGGUAGAUGUACCUCACCUGACUUGUUGCUAGAUAGUCAGACCAUAGUUCUUAUUUAACAAAGACUGGCAGUGGCUGUGCAUACAGUGUCAGUGGGUCUUUGCAUUACAUGAGCUGUGAUGCAACAUGGACCCACCCCCAGCCCCUGGUUUGAUAAAGAGGGAAAAUAUAGAUGGGAUGGUAGUCCUAGGUUAUAUUACAAUGAUUCACUUGAACAGACAGAUGGUUGUGCUGUCUUUUGUUUGUUAAGUAUCCUCUCAGCUGUUGUAGUCUUAUGUGUUGUUGUCCAUGGUUUCAGACAGGCUCUUGAGUGGCCCUCCUGUUUUUCCUCUUGUCAAGGGCAGCUGACUACAAGCUGAACGAAAGUGAUGCCUCGGGCUAUGAGCAUUUUAUAUCUACUCUUCUCUGUUGGUUAGCUUAGUAUCUGUUCAGUCAUGUUUAGAAAGUUAUUUUCCUUCUGUUCGGUCAAAGUGGAAUGGGAUGUUUUCAGAUUCAGAGGGUCUAAGAUGGACACUGUUAUCCGCCGAUGCCCCUUCCUGACUAUGGUGCCCCGGGCUUUCCUGCAGCUGGCAGGGAAGUCAUCCCUGGUUGGCUAUGCCCUGAAGUGCCCUGUGAUGAUGGACCUGGCCUCACACCCUCUGGCCAGAGCCCUCUCUUCAGUCUCAGUGUCCACACCAACAAACGAUGAGUCAGAUAAGGGAGUCCAGCUGCCCCCGGGCCACCCCAUGCCCCCUGUUGGCCAGCCUGUGGGCUCCAAAUGCCCCUUCCUGGCGGCUGAGAUGGUGCAGAAGAACACCAGCGUGGUGAGGGAGGCCUGCAUCGAGCUGUCAGAGGACGUACAGGACAGGAGCACAGCCCACACAGAGAAGUCCCAAGUGGAUCCCACUGUGGUGGACCUGAUCAACGCUGACAGGGCUGACCUAGGCACCCUGAAGAACAUGCUGAAACAGCGCCCCCCCAAGGUUUCUCACUUACUGCAAGACAACCUGCCCAAAGCAUCUGCCAACUUCCACUACGACAAGUUCUUUGAGAAGAAGAUCGAUGCCAGGAAAAAGGAUCACAGCUACCGGGUGUUUAAGACAGUGAACCGGCGCGCCACGUCCUUUCCCAUGGCAGACGACUACUCUGAGUCGCUCCUCAUCAAGAGAGACGUUUCUGUGUGGUGCAGCAACGACUACCUGGGCAUGAGCCGACACCCCCGCGUCAACCAAGCCAUCAUGGAUACAUUACAGAAGCACGGUGCAGGAGCUGGAGGAACACGGAACAUCUCAGGGACCAGUAAGUUCCAUGUGGACCUGGAGUACGAGCUGGCCGACCUGCAUGGCAAAGACGCUGCGCUGCUCUUCACUUCCUGCUUCGUGGCCAAUGACUCCACGCUAUUCACUCUGGCUAAGAUGCUACCAGGUUGUGAGAUCUACUCCGAUGCAGGGAACCAUGCAUCGAUGAUCCAGGGUAUAAGGAACAGCGGGGCCAAGAAGUUCAUCUUCCGUCACAACGACGUCAACCAUUUACGAGAGCUGCUACAGAAGUCUGACCCUGCCACCCCCAAGAUUGUGGCCUUUGAGACCGUGCACUCCAUGGAUGGCGCUGUGUGUCCUUUGGAUGAGAUGUGUGACGUGUCCCAUGAGUUUGGGGCCAUUACGUUUGUGGACGAGGUACAUGCUGUUGGCUUGUAUGGGGCCAGGGGAGGCGGCAUCGGCGACAGGGACGGCGUCAUGCACAAGAUGGACAUAAUCUCAGGAACUCUUGGUAAGGCAUUUGGCUGUGUGGGCGGCUACAUCGCCGGUACCAACGCCCUGGUGGACAKUGUGCGCUCCUACGCAGCAGGCUUCAUCUUCACUACCUCCCUGCCACCCAUGCUGCUGGCCGGGGCCCGGGAGUCCAUCCACACCCUGAAGGGGGAGGAGGGCCGUGUGCUGCGCAGGAAACACCAGAGGAACGUCAAGCUGCUUCGCCAGAUGCUGAUGGACUCGGGCCUGCCUGUUGUCUACUGCCCCAGCCACAUCAUCCCUGUCCGUGUGGCGGACGCAGCCAAGAACACAGAGGUGUGUGACAUUAUGAUGUCUCGCUACUACAUCUAUGUGCAGGCCAUCAACUACCCCACUGUGGCUCGGGGAGAGGAGGUCCUCCGCAUCGCCCCCACCCCACACCACACUCCCCAGAUGAUGCAGUACUUUGUCGAACGUUUGGUGAAGGCCUGGAAGGAGGUGGGUCUGGAGCUAAAACCUCACUCGUCAGGGGAGUGUAACUUCUGCCAACAGCCUCUCCACUUUGAGCUGAUGACUGAGAGAGAGAGGUCUUUCUUCACCGGCAUGAGUCACAUGAUAUCAGCCAGAGCCUAAAAGUUCAUUAUAUACCCCUUCCCCAUAUCAAAUCUCUAUUUAAGAUAUUUAUUCUCUUAUCAAUGUACAACUCCAUCUAUGAAAUAUUCUCAAUUACAAAUAAAUGU